AUGCAUAAUUUCAAAGAAAAAAUUAAAAAGUUUUUAUUAUUAAUUGUGCUGAUUCUAUUACAAGGAAUUCUUGUUGAAAGUUAUGUUUGGAGAUCGCCAAAUAAUGACGAUCAAGCAUUUUGGCGAGAAAACGCUGAAAGGUAUUUGAGUAAAAUUCUUAAAUCUCAAGACAUCAAAGGAGUUGAUAAAGCAAAAAAUGUCAUCUUAUUCAUUGGCGAUGGAAUGUCCUUUGCUACCAUUGCAGCUGGACGAGUGUUAAAAGGUCAAAUGGAAAAAAGGUCUGGAGAAGAGGCCGAAUUAGUAUUUGAAUCAUUUCCACAUAUUGGAAUGGCAAAGACUUACAAUACUGAUAAACAAGUUCCAGAUUCGGCCGGAACUGCAACUGCACUAUUCACUGGUGUAAAAACAAUCAUUGGUGCGAUUGGAUUAAAUCCUGCAAGUGACGAAAGUACAGCAAACGAUCGCAUGAAGGGCAUUAUUGAUUGGGCACAAGCAAUGAAAAAGCGAACAGGAAUCGUGACCACAACAAGAAUAACACAUGCAACACCGGCGGCGACUUAUGCUUAUGCUGCAAAAAGAAACUACGAAUGUGAUACAAACGUUCCUGAAUUUAUGAGAUCAUAUUAUAAAGACAUUGCGCGACAGCUCGUUGAAGAUUAUCCAGGCAAAGGUAUGAACGUGAUAUUUGGUGGUGGAAGAGACUUUUUGGGAGCGUCGAAAAAGCAAGAAAGCAAGUUCAAGUUCAGUGGAACUGCUGAGAUUUCGUGUAAUCGCAAUGACUCUCAGAACUUGGUUGAAAAAUAUUUUCAACAAUUUGACAACAAAACAAAUGUCAAAUACGUAACAACUUCGGGAGAAAUGAUUGCUCUUAAUAUUGACGACAUCGAUCAUGUUCUGGGACUUUUUUCAAAUAAUCAAAUGGAUUAUGAAAGUGUUCGUGAUAAAGGAUCGGAUGGACAACCUUCUCUGACAGAAAUGACAAAAACUGCUAUAAAAAUACUUGACAACAAAAAGAACAAAAACGGAUUUUUACUAAUGGUUGAAGGUGGAAGAAUCGAUCAAGCGCAUCAUCAAAAUUAUGCAAGAUUAGCUAUUGAAGAAAUGGUUGAAUUUGAACGAGCAAUACAGGAAGCUGUUGAUAUGACUUCAGACGACACCCUGAUAAUCGUGACAGCUGAUCACGCACAUUCCAUGGUAUUCAAUGGAUAUCCCACAAGAGGAAGUGACAUUUUCGGAAUGGGAAAUAAACCAGAUGCAGAGCCGUAUGAGACUUUAGUCUAUUCAACUGGUCCAGGCUAUUACAUGCAUGUUUCAAAUGACACGAAUAGAUUUAUUAACAUAACUCAGUUCUCUGAUAGCCAACGAGCAGCGCCAACCUACAUGCAUUCAUCUUUGAUCCCUAUGCCCGAUGGCACGCAUUCGGGUGAAGAUGUAGGCGUGUUCGCAAUCGGGCCAGGGUCAAGAUUGAUUCAAGGAGUGUUCGAGCAAAAUUAUAUUCCGUAUGUUAUCAGUUUUGCUAGUUGCGUUGGUCCAGUCUCACAUAAAAAUCCCCUUUGUGUAGAUAAUGAAAGCAAAAGUAAUUUAGCAGCUGAUACAAAUCAAAAUUUAAGUUUUCUACUAACACUUAAUUGUAUCUGCAUUUUAUUUCGUCAGUUUGUAUCAUAAAAAAAUACUUUAUCAUCACAAUCUUAAACCUUAUCUAAAUGUUUCUCGACUAUUCUCGUGAUAAUUGUUGAAUGGCUCAUUUUUAUCAAUGAAUUGAAUUCUUAUCACGAUUUUUAAUUUCUUUAUGGCGGUUAGCUUCUCAAUUUCAAUAAUAUAAAAUAUUCGUGUUCAAUUGUUUUAGACAUGAAAGCUUUACAAAACAAAAACAGACGAGACAAGACAAAGAAAAAAGUUUAUCAAGAAUUUGUUAGAUAAUUAAGAAAGCUCACUAUGAAAUGUUUAAAUAAUUAUAGCAAAAUUAUUGAAUAAUUUCACAAUCAAUUCUGAUGGUUAAGCAAAGUUUCAUGGUGGCAUGUUUGUUUCUUACUUAACUUACUUACAUUAGAAAAAUUAUAAAUAAAAUGUGUAAAGUGAACAUAAUGUUUAAGUAUGAUAAAUUUAAAAGCUAAUCUCAUGAACAUCCACAUGAUUCUACUAUCAUAUUCGGAAGUGUAACUUGUGUGGCAGUUUUGUUGCUGUCAAGAUAAAAUAUUUGAAGUGAAGUGUAUCUUGUGGCUGUACAGCAUGGAACCAAUUCGAGCUUCUUUUUCUUGCCUUUGCUUUCAUGAUGCAUAAAUUUCUGUUAUCGGUAACAGAAAAAGAAAAGAUUUUAAUAAAUAUAAAGUUUAUACAGUUGAAGGUUGAUCGAACUCACAUUCAGAACAGUGCUGUGAUGUGUACCAGCUUUAGUGAUAGAAGCUACUCGAUUGCAUGUUCCACGGCAGAAAUAAGCAUUAUAGCCUUUCGGGUGAAUGAUCCAGUCAUCCCAUCCGAUAGUAGAAAAAUCGAUGUAGAGCGAAUCGCGACAACAUUCACUUGAUCCCGGACCACAGUUUACAUUUCGUGAUUGACGACUUAAGGUUCUUUGAGGGAAUGUGUCGAUGACGAUGAAAGGCUUGCGAUCGUUGUGCGUGGAAAUUGGAAUACUUCCAGCACUGCACGUCUCACAUGCAACUUGAAUUGUGUGAGAUAAAUCGUGAUAUUCAACCCAAUUUUUCACGGGCCAUGCGAUGUCAAUCUUUUCCCAUGCCUCGCCGCUGUAAUCCAUUUCCUUGAUAGCAAUUGGUUUAGCCUUGGUGAAGUUCAUAUUAGACCCCCAAUGACCAAUUUCUGAUAAGAGAAACGUUUGCUUUGAGCCGUAAUCAGGGCUAUCUGUUCUUUAUAUAACCAGAGUUGCGCUGAUUCAACUGUGCUGACAUCAACAUCAAAUGGAAUUUGGAAUGAAAAGCAUGUCGACGGAUACUCAUUGGAUUCAUGUGAUUUACACUUUUCAGGCUCUGAAAGUUUGAGAUGAUAAUUUUUUUAUUUAUUUAAUGUUCAAAAUUCUCUUUUUCUCUCUUCUCGUCUAAUAAAUAAUCAGAAUUCAUUCAUUCCAAGUAAAUUUUGUCGCACUCUUAUAAGCGCGGUUCAUUGAUAUUUAAAACUCAUGUCACAUGAGUGAUAUUAAAAGAUUCUCGAAGAUUUUUAUUCCAUCACGAGUUUGAAACUUUGAUUCUUUUUUAAUUUCACAAUAUUUCUGUUUUCAAAUAUUAAUAAAGAAAUAAAAAUUUACCUUGAGUGAGAAAGA